AUGUCUAAGACGCAGUGGGGUAAGUUCCGUGGGCAAGCUGCAGGCCUAAUGUAUUUGGAUCUCACGUUUCAUCAACCCGCCGACUGCAAGCUUGCACAAGCUACCAUUACCAUGAACUUCUAUGAGACUGAGCGUCGAAGGAGGCAGACUAACACUUCAAGUCUCGAAAUCACUGAAUUUUUUGGACCACAAAUCCUCACUGGAGAGAAACGCGAGCGCCAAGUGUUGAAGACCUUCGAGGCCACUCCCAAAGUAGGAGCCGCUAAUGCUAGUGUUGAAGGCAUUGGCAUUUCACGAAAGCCCCAAGCAAAUUAUGCGUCACGUUGGGAUUUACGGGUCAUUGAUACGGCUCAAGCGUCAUGCAUAGGUACGAUUAUCCCCCGAUUCAGAAGUAUACCUCUAGCCAUGCUCAACACAUAG